AGAGGUGAAGGCGGAGUAACAUACGCAGCGCGGCGUAGUAUCGCAGGAAAUGAUGGCAACGCGUGAGAACCCGUCGGAUCGCGCCGUCGACGGGUGAACGUCGCGCGAUCGUUCUCCCGGAUGACGCAUCCGGGAAACGUGUGCCGUCACUCAACUCCAAGUGCCAUUUCGUAUAUAUCCAUAUCCAGUAAUUAUUAGUCGCAGAAGACGCUCGUAGGAACACGCGUGCACGCAUUCACUACGGAUACAUGGCUUCGUUCAUUCGCUUUCAUUGUGGAGAACGCGCGACAGGGCUGACGCGACUCGCUGGGCUCCGACGGGCUUGACGUGCAACCCAGGAGUCGACGUAUCGCGCUCUAGCAAACGUGAAAGUUUCUUCAAGCGACGACCAGUGACGACCAGCAAGAAUCAUCGUAAUUAUCGUUGUAAUUAACAACAUUUUCACAGUUCUGUUGUUUACUGUUUGCCGAAGGUGCCGUGUCCAAUAAUGACGGCACUUCGAUGCUACAGAGGCUUAAGAAUAUCUUUGUAGCAGAAACUCAGUGACUGAUCGCUGAAGAAAAUAUUUAGAUUCGGAAGCUGUUUGCGGGACAAAUCAGCGCCGUUUCUCUAGAAGACACGUAAAUACGACAAAACGCAAGAGUGUGCUAGAAUACAAGUGUAAAAACUCAAGAUGCCUGAUAGUGCAAUGGAAGAAGAUCUUUUGGGUCCAGAAUGGUUGUUUGGGGAGUUGAGAUCACAGGAUGGUCCCAACAAACUUCUUAUUCUGGACUGUAGAGCACACUCGGACUUCUCUGAUGCUCAUAUAAGAGGUUCGGUACCUCUGACUAUACCCAGUAUCAUGUUGCGAAGAUUGGCUGCUGGUAAAGUGGACCUCUUGUCCACAAUACGGUGCUUAGAUCUAAGAAACAGAGUGGAGAUGUUUUUGUGUGGAGAUGAAAACAGAAGAGGGACGUUUAUACUAAUCGGUGAUUCUACAGAUUCUGGAGGUCAUCAGGGUGAAACAUUACAAGUUUUAAGCCGGAGACUUAAAAGCAGUGGAGGAAAUGUUGCCUCUUUAAUCGGUGGUUUUGAAGCAUUUAAAGAUAAAUAUCCAGAGUGGUGCGAAGGUAGUCAAGCCACUAAUGAAUGUGACCCAGGUCAGGACAAUAACGAUGGUGAAUUAAUGGGCCUUAGAUCCCUUCGGAUAUCUACUCCACCAACCAGGUCUUAUUCAGACUCUGACAGUGACAGCACAUGUGAUUCAAUUGGUCCGGAGGAAGAUAAAGACUUUCCGGUGGAAAUUUUACCUCAUUUGUAUCUCGGUAACGCGGCGAAUAGUGAAGAUCGUGAGGCUUUAGCGCGGCACAGGAUACAGUACAUACUCAAUGUGACACCGGAUUUGCCAAAUGUAUUUGAAAGCGGCGGUUCAAUAAAGUACAUGCAGAUACCGAUAAGCGAUCACUGGAGUCAGAACUUGGCUAGUUUUUUCCCGCAAGCGAUUCAGUUUAUAGAGGAGGCACGGAACUCAGAUAAGGGAGUGCUGGUACAUUGUUUGGCCGGAGUUUCUCGGUCUGUCACGAUCACCGUGGCUUAUCUUAUGCACAAGUGCAGCCUCAGCCUGAAUGAUGCUUUCAAUCUAGUACGUAGUAGAAAGUCCAAUGUUGCACCGAAUUUUCACUUUAUGGAGCAGUUACAUAGCUUCGAGCAAGAGUUGAGGGACCGAGGGGGAGAAAACAAGAAUAACGACCAAAGGUGCAUUGGAGCAUGCCGGCCCAAUGGGCCCUGCAAUUGUCCAGCGCCCAGUUUUUUGAGUCCCAUUGAUCUGGGACUCAGUCCCGACUCAGGAAUCGAGUUUGACAGGUGGGCGGCAAGUACACCGGCCGAAUGAAACGAACUUGGGGGUACCCAAUACAAAUUUUAGGUCUCCGUCACAUGUAUUAUCAGGAAAAUCCUGAUCGAACGUUAUGAUAACGCGCUUUAUCAUUUUUGAUAUGUGAGACGCAUUAAAGUCCGCCCUUCGCGGUAUAUCUCCAGAUGAAAUGGGAUAUUAAAUGCGUUUGGCGAGUGCUGAGACGUAGCUGUUAGAGGCAUCCGAAGUUAGUUAUCGUGUCGAUACUUCGUAAUUUCUCGUUUUCUUUCUAUCGAGCCUCUCAUUCCUAGCGUAACUAUUGUAUGGCUACGUUUAUUAAAGAUACAUAAAGCAUUUGAAUUCGAUUUGAUUAAUUGAAUUCUGAAAUUGAAUUUUAAAAAGAUUAAUUUCUAAAGACACUCAUGCAAGAAGUGUCUUUAGUAUCGUGCUACUCAUGCAACGUGAUAUAGAAGAAAAUAAACUUUCGUCUAAAUUCAGAAAUAAUAAAAUUGAGGAAUGAGAGGAUUAAAAAAAAGAAAAAUAUAUAUGUCCAAUUAGAAAGAAAUUAUCUCUUUGUUAGAUGAUUAGCUUUUCAGUAUACGCAUUCAGUAAUAAUGCGCU